UCGGAUUUGGAACCUUGGAGUUAAGAGGCAGAUGAAGCCGAUUGGCUGAGAUGCAGGUUGUCUGCGCUCUUCAAUGGACAAAGGAGUCUUCACCGCGUUAGCCUGCGAAUGACGGGAAUCGGCUUGGGGAGAGGCAAGGCGAGAGCAGGGGAACCGCCCGCCCUGGCGGGUCUCCAGGAGCCUUCGAGAGACCCGUGGCCUAAAGGACGACAGCAGCCGCCAGAACCACCUUCAGCUACAGAGUGGAGGGACCCUAGCAUCAUGGGUACCCCCGCCUCUAUUGCCUGUGACUUGCCACAGCAUCAGACCCCUAAAGCCUGCACUCGCAAGAGAGCAUCUGCUAACAUCUUUCAGGGGGUGGGGCUGUUCCAGUUGCGCCGCCUCUUCCACAGCAGUGGGGAUGCACAAGCCGAGGAGAGGGCCCAGCUGGUCUGGGAAUGUGCAGGGAGCCGAUGCAUUGCUCACGCCUUGCAACAGCUCCGAAGGAGGCAGAGAAAGCUGAGGCUGAGAUCACACCUGAGACCUCCUUCAGAAAUGAGUGGUGGCACCAGACUCCUAGAGCUCCAACACUUCAGCCGCUUACGGAUUGAAGACCGCACCACAUCAUGUGCUGAUGCUGAUGGCUGCAGCAAUAGUGAUAAGGAGAUAGAUACAGCUGAUCAAACCAGCCACUACACUGCUUCCCACUACAGGAAGAAAAAAAGUGGAAUGGGAACUGCAGACUACCUGCACCAGCUCCGUCGGUGAGCAACUGAACCUGAUGGCAACAGUUGUAGUUAAAUGUCACUGUACGGAACAGGAGUAGCCUGAACCCAAGGGGGGUUCGUAUGGAAGAUGCACUUCUCUCACAGCAAAAAGUUUUCGUAUAAUAUCCUCUGUGCUUCACACUGGCAAAAAUGGCGGAUAAACUUGAAACCAACCCUCCUCUUUCAAGCACUACCUGUUCUGGUUUUCAGACUUGACCACAUCUGGCUAUGACAAAGCACAAACACUACAGAUUGAAUGUACCUGGUCAUAUUUAAUAAAGCUUAUUAUACAGUC